UUUUUUUUUUUUUUUUUUUUUUUUUUUUUUAAACCACCAAACUGGAACGCCAUCCAACUCGCCGCACAGAAGUACUCAGUAAAUUGUUUAUGUCGUGCCAAUACAGGACAGAUUGAAGAAGGAAGCAAGACUUGAACUGAGCUUUUCUCCUACUGAUCACAGGGAGUAAAGUCAUCUCUUAUAUUCCAGUCGCCAAGGAGGGAGAGAGAGAGAGAGAGAGAGAGAAAAUCAAGCAACAACCAACCCACCCCGUAUCUGACAUUUCCCUCAAUUUUAACCCCUUUUGGUUAGGAGCUGGUUUUGCCCAAAUUUGUUUUAAUGUUUGGGAUUCAGGAAAAUAUACCAAGAGGUGGGACGACCAUGAAAGAAGAACCGCUGGGCAGUGGGAUGAACCCCGUCCGCUCAUGGAUGCAUACAGCUGGGGUAGUGGAUGCUAACACGGCCGCCCAAAGCGGCGUGGGGCUGGCUCGGGCACAUUUCGAGAAACAGCCGCCUUCCAAUCUCAGAAAAUCCAAUUUUUUCCACUUCGUCUUAGCUCUGUACGACAGGCAGGGACAGCCGGUGGAGAUUGAGAGAACAGCUUUUGUGGACUUUGUGGAGAAAGAGAAAGAGCCAAACAAUGAAAAAACUAACAAUGGGAUUCAUUAUAAACUUCAGUUAUUGUAUAGCAAUGGAGUUAGGACAGAGCAGGAUCUGUACGUUCGGCUAAUAGACUCCAUGACCAAACAGGCCAUCGUGUACGAAGGGCAAGACAAGAACCCCGAGAUGUGCCGGGUGCUCCUGACACACGAGAUCAUGUGCAGCCGGUGCUGUGACAAGAAAAGUUGUGGCAACAGAAACGAAACCCCCUCAGACCCCGUUAUCAUUGACAGGUAAGGACGGCGCUCGCAGCACCUUUGCCGUGCCUGGCGUGGGGCUGAGCCAGCCCGGCAGCGGCAGCAGCAGCUCAGGCUGUGCCUCGCACCAUUUGUUGUCCUCUCGUGUUAUCGUGCACAGGUGGGUUGACUUGGAAACCUGGUGGCUCGCUCUGUGGGGAUUCGGUAAUUGCUUGCGAGUUGUCAGGGGAAGCAGUUUCAUCUGCCACUGCUCUCACUGUGAGGAGCACUUUAUGCCUAGAGAGUUUUUGGCUUUCAACCGAGGGAUGUGUCACAAAGUGCUUUUUUUGCUAAUUUGUUAACAAGUAUUUCGUAUUUACAUUAUUUUUUUGUCAUUUGCGUUGCCCUUAGCUGGGGCUUGGGUGGUACGGUGGAGGAACGGUUUGCCCUGUGCUAGAAUGAAUUUAAUCUGCUAUCAAUUAGUUGUGAGAUGUGUCCCAAUUUUUUUCCAAUUGUGGCUGUCAUUUUAUGUCAAAUAGCAAAUAUGUAACUAAUAAACCAAAGUUGUUAUAAUUGAAACUAAUUACACAUGCUGGUUGCGUAGCCCACCGUUAAUUUACAUACCCAGAUGAACUCUAUGCAUCCUUCACUCUGCCUCUUGUCUGGUUUGUCGCUGGCCUUAUUUCCAAAAGAACCUAUUUCCAGAAAGAUUUGCUCCCAAAGCAAGGUAAAGCUGGUUUGGAAUUAUUUUCAUGGCAAAGUCGAUGUUUUCGGCGGCGGAAAAGCCGGGUUGUUCCGCGGGCGAUGCGGUGGCAGCAAAAGGCAAUUUUGGAUUGAGCCUGGCUGCUGAAAUGGGUUCCUUGGAGCAAUAAAUGGAGAAGUGUUCACCCGACACCGGUUUUGUGAAGAAGAGGGUUAGGCUGGUUUGAAGAAGGCUUGUGUUUCAGUAGCUCGCAGGACAAAGUUAUCUUUUGAUCGUGAACUUUGCUGUCCAGUGCCUGAAAAAUUAAACCUGGAAAACUCCCUGAGUUAAGCCUAAAGAAAUAUGCACCACCAGUGGAGAGCAAUGCUAAUGUUUAACUAGCUGAAAUAGCUGUUUGCUUAGUGGGGAAUGUGAGGUAUCUGACAGAAGGGACAUCUCUCUUAUUAGUAAUCAAAUAGGGCUGACCAGUUGUUGCCAUCACUCUGGGAUUGUGUCAGGCAAUUGAGAACAAGUUCACCACUUUAUAGAAGUCCAAGUACCAAAAAAAUCAAUAUAAUUAUAUUUGUCUUUAGUGUUUUAGCUAUGGAAAUCAUAUCGUGCUGGGCUGUUGCCUUGCGAGCUGGAUUUAUUUCUGCUUUAUUGGCUAAAAAAUAGUUGGAAGUGGAGGAAUCUUGGCGGCGUAGUAAAUGCAAGGCAGCGUGUUACAGCUUUUAUUAUUGGAUUACGGGCAAGUUCAUUGUGCAGAGUUCUUUUUGGAGAGAUGUGUGACUUUUGCAGAUGUAAAUGGUGGAUUGCAUUAAAGUGUGACUGCGGCAGAACGCGAGGAAAAUUAACCAGGAAUGAAAAUUAGAAUAAUAUUUUGCUUUUUCUGUGCCCGGUCGGACUCUGGUUCAGAGCUGUGGAGCCUUUCAUGCCUCUGGAGUGGCCACUGCAAAAUGCACGAGGAGUUGGUGUUUGUGGUCCUUGCACGUGCCAAAACGUGGCGAAACGUCACCUUUGUAGGGAUUCUGGUGGUAUUUCCAUAAUAACAUCCUGGAGUUGCUGUGUGAGAUAAUUUGUAUCAGUCGUGUGAAGGGUGAUCCUGGCAAAACUGAGCCAAGCUACCCAACACCAGUGCUUUUGUACCUCCCCCAAACUAUCAGAACUGUGGGAUCGUUUGAUAUUCCAGCAGCAUGAGAAGAGAUUUAAAAAAAAAAAAAAUCAGAAAACAUUUGGUUAAUGGGUUUAUCAUGUUUAUUUGAAUAAGGAAGAUUGAAACUCCAUUUAUGCCUAGCAUAAAUGCUUUAGUGAUCUUAAUUAUUGAUGAAAAAUCUGCUGUGCUUCUAAAUUUAAAGACAGGACAAUUUUAUGGCAAUUUUAAUCACCCUCUGCAUUAGGAAUUUUCAAGAUUUGGGCUUUAUGGGGGUGGCAUGGAUUUUAGCCUCCUAAAGAGAGUUGUCACUUCUCAUGUCAGAGGAUCUGGAGCUCGGCAGAGGCCGGGGCGGCCUCUCCAGUCGGCUUUUCCAAGGGCUGUGGGAUGUGAUGUUUGCUCCUGCAGCAGAUGCAGGAGGGAAGUGUGGCCAGGAGGAAGCUCUGGAGGAGCCCUGGCCCUCUGGAACCACCGAGGUGGAUUUGAAAUCCCUGAUAUUUACGUUCGCUCUACCCAUGUGCUCGGAGCCUGGUGCCGAAAUUUGUUGUCAGGGUUGGAUUUCAGGCUUGCAUUUCCCUCUUGAGCAUCACGGAACAACCUUUCCCCACCACAUCUGGGGGUCAAUUUACAGUUUCCCAUAGGAAGUGGAGUUGCUUGGGUAGUUGGCUUAAAGAAAAAAAAAAAAAAAAAAGAAGAAUUAUAUCCAGUAUGCUUCGCUAGAUCCUUUUGUCCUUUGGAUACAUUUAGCAGCUUUUGACUAGAUAAGGCAUAUUUGUCCUCAGGAUAUGAACCAAUAAUUCAAUCCUGAAUUGAGAUCUAUGGCCACCUAUUUCUUCCAGCCCACACUAGGAGACUCCGUGAAUAGUCAGAAUUGUUUAUGCACUGAGAUUAAAAAAACCCAAAAAACAGGAAAAAAAACCCAAAAAAACC